CCCACAAGAAGCUUGCCUGCCGUGAUGGGUCAGCAGAGCUAUUCGCUCCGCACCACAGCAUCUGAAACUCUGUCGAGCUCAUUCUAGCGGUACCGAGCACACAGCAAGAAGCCACGCGUCUCUCGAGGGGAGGAGCGUUCUCCGAGCGUCAUGGCAGACAGGAAGAAGUCUGCCAAGUCCCGGAGGAUGGGUUCCACCCGCAAAGGACAGCUCAGAAUUCAGAACCCGGAGGGCUGGUUUGGAGGUGAGGAGGGGCCCCUGGAGGGUGUGAUGGAGGACAGUGGAGAGAAGGCCCAGGAGACUCCUGAUGAGCGCCACAAAAUCCAGGAGGUCCAGGAGAAGAGAGGCUUCACCACACAGGGGGAUAGUCAGAAGCUGCUGGUGGAUCCUCCUGUCCAUGCAAGGGACAAGGAACAGGGGCUGGGCUGGGAGGGGAGUGGCUUCAUCACCAGCGAUGAUCUCCCUUCAGGGCUGAGGGAGUUCCUGGAGGUCCAGCCCAGUCCCAGUGUGAGGGAGAAGAGGGAGGAGGAGAGGCUCACCCCAGCGCCAGUGCUCUCCCAACCCCAGAGCACCGAGCCUCCCAAGGGAGCUGAGGAUGAAGAGAAUGCCAUUGUGCACAGGAAGAGAAAGCUGGGCUCCACCCGUAAGGGACAGCGCAGAAUGCAGAUUCUUGAAGGCCAGCUGCUGGGAGAGGAGGGGACCCCAGGUGGUGUGAUGGAGGAGAGUGAAGAGAAGCUCCAGGAGACACCUGAUGAGCUCCACAAGAUCCAGGAGGUCCAUGGGGAGAGAGGCUUCAGCACACAGGGGGAUAGUCAGAAGGAGCUUGAUCAGGGGAUGGAAACAGAGGUUACCAGACAGAAUAUCUCUCCAUCCCCAGGGGAGUUUGUGGAAAACCAGCCCAGUGCUAGUGUUAAGGAGAAGGGGGAGGAGGAGAGGCUCACUGCAGCGCCAAUGCUUUCCCAGCCCCAGGGCACCAAGCCUCCCAUCGGAGCUGAGGAUGAAGAGAAUGCCAUGGUGCACAGGAAGAGAAAGCUGGGCUCCACCCGCAAGGGACAGCGCAGAAUGCAGAUUCUCGAGGGCCAGUUGGGGAGAGACGAGGGGUCCCCCGGCGAUGUGAUGGAGGAGAGUGAAGAGAAGGUCCAGGAGGCUCCUGAUCCCUUCCACAAGAUCCAGGAAGUCCACAAGGAGAGAGGCUUCAGCACACAGGGGGAUAGUCAGAAAGAGGAAGGGCUCUUGCAGGAUAUGAUGGAAGAGAGUGACAAAAAUUUCCAGGAGAUUCCUGAUCCCUUCCAUAAGAUCCAGGAGGUCCACAAGGAGAUAGGCUUCAGCACACAGGUGGAUUGUCAGAAGGAGCUUGAUCAGGGGAUGGAAACAGAGGUUGCCAGCCAGAAUAUCGCUCCACCCCCAGGGGAGUUUGUGGAGAACCAGCCCAGUGCUAGUGUUAAGGAGAAGGGGGAGGAGGAGAGGUUCACCCCAGCGCCAGUGCUCUCUCAACCCCAGAGCACCGAGCCUCCCAAGGGAGCUGAGGAUGAAGAGAAUGCCAUGGUGCACAGGAAGAGAAAGCUGGGCUCCACCCGCAAGGGACAGCGCAGAAUGCAGAUUCUUGAGGGCCAGCUGCUGGGAGAGGAGGGGCCCCCAGGGGUUGUGAUGGAGGAGAGUGAAGAGAAGCUCCAGGAGACACCUGAUGAGCUCCACAAGAUCCAGGAGGUCCAUGGGGAGAGAGGAUUCAGCACACAGGGGGAUAGUCAGAAGGAGAUGGAUCAGGGGUUGGAAACAGAGGUUGCCAGACAGAAUAUCUCUCCACCCCCAGGGGAGUUUGUGGAGAACCAGCCCAGUGCUAGUGUUAAGGAGAAGGGGGAGGAGGAGAGGUUCACCCCAGCGCCAGUGCUCUCUCAACCCCAGAGCACCGAGCCUCCCAAGGGAGCUGAGGAUGAAGAGAAUGCCAUGGUGCACAGGAAGAGAAAGCUGGGCUCCACCCGCAAGGGACAGCGCAGAAUGCAGAUUCCUGAGGGGCUACUGGGGAGAGACAAGGGGUCCCCCAGCGAUGUGAUGGAGGAGAGUGAAGAGAAGGUCCAGGAGACUCCUGACCCCUUCUACAAAAUCCAGGAAGUCCACAAGGAGAGAGGCUUCAGCACACAGGGGGAUAGUCAGAAAGAGGAAGGGCCCCUGGAGGAUGUAAUGGAGGAGAGUGACGAGAAGGUCCAGGAGAUACCUGAUGAGUUCCAAAAGAUCCAGGAGGUCCAUGGGGAGAGAGGCUUCAGCACACAGGGGGAUAGUCAGGAGGAGAAGACCCUGCAGGAUAUGAUGGAAGAGAGAGACAAAAAUUUCCAGGAGAUUUCUGAUCCCUUCCAUAAGAUCCAGGAGGUCCACAAGGAGUCAGGCUUCAACACACAGGGGUAUAGUCAGAAGGAGCUUGGUCAGGGGAUGGAAACAGAGGUUGCCAGCCAGAAUAUCUCUCCACCCCCAGGGGAGUUUGUGAAGAACCAGCCCAGUGCUAGUGUUAAGGAGAAGGGGGAGGAGGAGAGGGUCAACCCAGCCCCAAUGUUUUCCCAGCCCCAGAGCACCGAGCCUCCCAAGGGAGCUGAGGAUGAAGAGAAUGCCAUGGUGCACAGGAAGAGAAAGCUGGGCUCCACCCGCAAGGGACAGCGCAGAAUGCAGAUUCCCGAGGGCCAGCUGGGGAGAGACAAGGGGUCCCCCGGCGAUGUGAUGGAGGAGAGUGAAGAGAAGGUCCAGGAGACUCCUGACCCCUUCCACAAGAUCCAGGAAGUCCACAAGGAGAGAGGCUUCAGCACACAGGGGGAUAGUCAGAAAGAGGAAGGGCUCCUGCAGGAUAUGAUGGAAGAGAGUGACAAUAAUUUCCAGGAGAUUCCUGAUCCCUUCCAUAAGAUCCAGGAGGUCCACAAGGAGACAGACUUCAGCACACAGGUGGAUUGUCAGAAAGAGGAAGGGCCCCUGGAGGAUGUAAUGGAGGAGAGUGACGAGAAGGUCCAGGAGACACCUGAUGAGUUCCAAAAUAUCCAGGAGGUCCAUGGGGAGAGAGGAUUCAGCACACAGGGGGAUAGUCAGGAGGAGAAGACCCUGCAGGAUAUGAUGGAAGAGAGUGAUGAAAAUUUCCAGGAGAGUCCUGAUCCCUUCCAUAAGAUCCAGGAGGUCCACAAGGAGACAGGCCUCAGCACACAGGUGUAUUGUCAGGUAGGUUAUUUUUCUCCAUGGGAGUCCAGUCCUGAGAGUGCCUGUGUUGAGAGUGUCGCCCCAGCAACAAUGCUUUCCCAGCCCCAGAGCACCGAGCCUCCCAUCGGAGCUGAGGAUGAAGAGAAAGCCAUUGUGCACAGGAAGAGAAAGCUGGGCUCCACCUGCAAGGGACAGCACAGAAUGCAGAUUCUUGAGGGCCAGCUGCUGGGAGAGGAGGGGUCCCCAGGAGGUGUGAUGGAGGAGAGUGAAGAGAAGCUCCAGGAGACACCUGAUGAGCUCCACAAGAUGCAGGAGGUCCACAAGAAGACAGGCUUCAACACACAGGGGGAUAGUCAGAAGGAGAUGGAUCAGGGGUUGGAAACGGAGGUUGCCAGACAGAAUAUCUCUCCAUCCCCAGGGGAGUUUGUGGAGAACCAGCCCAGUGCUAGUGUUAAGGAGAAGGGGGAGGAGGAGAGGGUCAACCCAGCCCCAAUGUUUUCCCAGCCCCAGAGCACCGAGCCUCCCAAGGGAGCCGAGGAUGAAGAGAAUGCCAUGGUGCACAGGAAGAGAAAGCUGGGCUCCACCCGCAAGGGACAUCGCAGAAUGCAGAUUCCCGAGGGCCAGCUGGGGAGAGACAAGGGGUCCCCCGGCGAUGUGAUGGAGGAGAGUGAAGAGAAGGUCCAGGAGACUCCUGACGCCUUCCAGAAGAUCCAGGAAGUCCACAAGGAGAGAGGCUUCAGCACACAGUGGGAUAGUCAGGAGGAGAAGCCCCUGCAUGAUAUGAUGGAAGAGAGUGACAAAAAUUUCCAGGAGAUUCCUGAUCCCAUCCAUAAGAUCCAGGAGGUCCACAAGGAGACAGACUUCAGCACACAGGUGGAUUGUUAUAAGGAGUUGGAUCAGGGGUUGGAAACGGAGGUUGCCAGCCAGAAUAUCUCUCCAUCCCCAGGGGAGUUUGUGGAAAACCAGCCCAGUGCUAGUGUUAAGGAGACGGGGGAGGAGGAGAGGCUCACCCCAGCACCAAUGCUUUCCCAGCCCCAGAGCACCAAGCCUCCCAUCGGAGCUGAGGAUGAAGAGAAUGCCAUUGUGCACAGCAAGAGAAAGCUGGGCUCCACCCGUAAAGGACAUCGUAGAAUGCAGGUCCCUGGGGUCUUGCUGACGGGAGAGGGGACCCUGGAUGGUGUGAUUCAGGAGAGUGGAGAGAAGGCCCAGGAAACUCCUGAUGAGCUCCACAAAAUCCAGGAGGUCCAGGGGGAGAGAGGCUUCACCACACAGGGGGAUAGUCAGAUUCUGCUGGUGGAUCCUCCUGUCAUUGCAGGGGAGCUGGAGCAGGGGCUGGGCUGGGAGGGGAGUGGCUUCAUCACCAGCGAGGAUCUCCCUUCAGGACUGAGGGAGUUCCUGGAGGUCCAGCCCAGUACCUGCAAGGGGAAGGAGGAGAGAGUCACCCCAUUGCCAAUGCUCUGCCAGCCCCAGAGCACCGAGGAUAAAGAUUUCACCGUGACAGACAGAAAGCGAAAGCUAGGCUCCAGCCGCAGGGGCCCCAGAAGAGUGCAGAACCUCGGGGGCCAGCUCGGAGGACGACGGGAGGGCCAGGAGACCUUCAACGCGCUCCGCAAGAUCCAGGAGCUCUUCCAGGGCAGUGACGGAGAAGGGACGGGAAACAUCACCCGCACAGAGAUGCAGGAGGUGUGUGGGGAUCUGCCUCUCACCUUGGAGGAGCUGGACCAGGUGUUUGACCGGCUGGACAGAGAGGACAGUGGCUACAUCACCAGCGAGGAUCUCUCUGCAGCGCUGAGGGAGUUCCUGGAGGCCCAACACAGAGCGAGUCAGAGGGAGGAGGAGGAGGAGAGAGUGUCUCCACCCUCCCUGCUCUACCAAUCCCAGGGCAUUGUGUUGCCGGAGGAAAUCCACGACGAGGAGAAACAGCACUUCCUGGCCCUCAUGGACAAGCUGGGGGCCAGCAACCUGCUAGAGGACCAGUCGGAGAUCUGGAAGCUGUGGGCGGAGCUGCGGCACAAUGAGCCUCAUCUCCUGGGAAACCUGGAGGAGUUCGUGGCCAAGGUGACUUCUCAGAUCCGCGAGGCCAGGGAGGAGAAGGAGGGUCUGGAGCUCACUCUGCAGAGGAGGAUCGUGGAGCACAACCUGGAGGUGCGGCAGCUGUAUGAGGAGAUGGAGCAGCAGAUCAGCCAGGAAAAAGAGCGACUGCACAGAGAGAGCUUUAAGAAAUCUCGCUCCCAGGGCAAGGAGCUGAAGAAGGAGCUGGACAAGAAGACUGAUGAAGUGCAGCAUCUGGUCGAGGUUCAGAAUGAGCUGGAGGAGAGCGUCCACACACUGCGCAUCCGACAGCAUGCGACCUGCUUCGAGAACAAGACGCUGCGCAGGACCAACCGUGAGCUGGAAGGGCAGCUAGAGGGCAUUCGCGAGCAGCUGCAGGAGGCGCGCGCACGGCUGCAGGACAUGCGCAGCUCCGAGGUGCGCAGACAGCAGCAGCAGCAGCAGCAGCAGCAGCAGCAAGCACAGGGGGAGAGGCGACAAGACACAGAAGACACUUCUGGAGAGCUUGAGCGCUCGUCUGGCACAAAGGUGACUAGGACAGAAGCAGCUGCAACGGAACAGAAGAAAAUAGCAAAUGAUCAGCCAGCAGAACUUGUUAGAGCCGGAUCAGUACUGGGCAGCUACAUCCAGGAUGACUUCUCUGCAGGUGCUCCAAGUAAAGAUGAAGAGCCCACUAAUACAAAUGCCAUGACCCGCGGGCGAGUGAUUUCAAUAGAGGAGGACCCGCUUCCUGACCUGAUAACACCGACGCGCAGCAAGCUGGGACAGGAACGGGAGGUGCUCUGGGAGCAGGAGGGAGAGGAGACACUGAGUAAGGAAGAGGGAACUGGAGGAGAGAAGCAGGAGGUGGACCUAGAUGCAAGAAGAGAAAAUGGACAGGAAGGCUGGAAAGAAGAUGAACAGAAAGCUGAGGACCGGGAAAGGGAGUUAGGAAGAGAUGAGUUAACACGAGAGGAACAUGAAACAACAAUGUGUGUUGAGCAGAUAGAACAAGGUCAGGCGAUAGAAAAUGAGGAAGUCAAGGAUGCGAAACAGGAAGCUGAGGUACAAAGGGAGGAUAGGAAACUAAACCAACAGAAAGAAGAACUAGUAAGAGUGGAAGUCACAGUACAAAAACAGGGAAGGGGUGUGCUUAGGGAAGAGGAUGAGCUAAAGAAACAGGAAAGAGAAACAUUAAGGGAGGAGAUAACAGAAAGAGAAGAGGAAAGGGAGGUACUGAGGGAGGAGAAGAGGGAGGAAAGGAAUCAGGAAGAGGAAGUACCAAGUGAUGAAGUCACUCUUCAAUUAGAGGAGAUAUUGAGUGAGGAAGUUAAACCAAUUGAACAGGAAGGGGUGAUCUUAAAGGAGGGAGUUAGUGAAUCAACACUGGAAGGGGAAAUAACGGAGGAGGUUGCAAUAACAGGAGAGGAAAAUAAAGUACUGAGGGAGGAUAAAGAGGAAAAGAACCAGUUAGAGGACAUAAUAAAUGAGGAAGUAAAACCAAUUGAACAAGCAGUAUUGGUCUUAAGAGAGGAAGCCAGUGAAACAAAACAGGAAGGAAAGCCCCUAUCAAAAGAAAUCAAAAAACCAGAGCAUGGACACGAGGGAGUCAGUGAAAAGCAACAGGAAGAGGUAACAAGUGAAGCAGUAGAACAAGUGAGACAGGCAGAGGAAGCACAAAGUAAAAGGAAGCACAGCAUGCUAGGGCAGGAAGAUGAAAUCCAACCAAGGGAAGAGGAAAAUGAAUUUGUGCAUAGGGAGGGUGAAACUGGAAAAAAAGAACAGGACAGGGAAGAACUAAAAGAGAGAGACAGUCAAACACAACAGGAAGGCGAGGAAGAGGAAAUCAGAGAUAAGAAAAAUAAUGAGGAGGUAGCCAGUGAGGAAGUCAGAGGAACUAAACAAGAAGAAGGACUAAGAGAUCAGGAAAGACAAACAGAGCAGGAAAAGGGAGAACUCAAACAAGAAGAGGAAAUACAAAUUGAGGAAGUCAUUGAAAAUACAAAAGAAAUGGAGGAACUAAGAGGGGUAGAGGAAGCAAGUAAACAGGAAGAGCGAGCCAGGGAAAAGGAACAGAAUGAACUAGGAGAUGAAGGACAAAAAGAACAGGAAGUCAGUGUAUCAGGGCAGGAAGAGGAAAUCAAACCAGAGGCAGAUGAAAAUGAAUUGGUGUCUCAGAAAGCGAAACCUGUAGAAAUGGAAGAGGGUUGGCUAGAACUAGGAGACCAAGAAACACAAGGGGAGCAGGGAGGGGAGGCGCACUCAGAGGAACAGGAGAAUGAGGAGCAAGGAGAUGAAGAGGAAAGGAGAUUGAGUGAAGAGGAAGAACAAUCCAGGGGAAAAGAACAGGGUGGAGAAGAAGGGCAAAUAGAUCAAGAGUUUAGGAUUCCCAGUGAAGGGGAGGAGAUAGCAAGGGGAGAGGACAUGGAAAUACUGGAUAGAGAAGAUGAAAACUCAGAAAAAGAACAGGAAGCAGCAGUACAAGAAAGAAAGGUAGUGAGGGAAGUGAAGGAAAUCCAACUGAGUGAGGAAACAGAGAGACCAAGAGUAAAAGAACAAAAUGAUGAAAAACUAGGAAUAGAACAAGAAAGCUGGAUAUUAAGGGAGGAAGAAGUGGGAGUGAUGUCUAAGGAAGAAGAACCCAUAGAACAGGAACAGAACUGGAAAUAUUCAGAGAAGAACAGACUAACAGAACAGCAAGGAGAGGUACUGAGGGAGGGGGAUGAGCUAAAGAAACAGGAAAGAGAAAUACUAAUGGAGGAAUGCACAGAAAGAGAAGAGGAAAGGGAGGUAUUGAUGGAGGAGGGGGAGGAAAAUAAUCAGGAAGGGGAAAUACCAAGGGAGGAAGUCACUCUUCAGUUAAAUGAGGUAUUGAAUGAGGAAGUUAAACCAAUUGAACAGGAAGGGAUGGUCUUAAGAGAGGAAGUCAGUGAAACAAAACAGGAAGGAAGGCCCCUAACAAAAGAAAUCAAAGAACCAGAUCAUGGACACGAGGGAGUCAGUGAAAAGCAACAUGGAGGGGAGGAGCUAAGGCAGGAGGUCAAUGAAAAUCAACCGGAAGAGGAAAGACAUGAAUUGGUAGAACGAGGGGCAUGGGCAGCUGAAAUACUCAGUAAAAGUGAGGAAUUAAGUGAAAUGGAACAGGGAGGGGAGGUGCUAAGUGAGGCCGGGGAAAUCAAAUCGAAAAUCCUGAUGGAGGAAGAUAGGAAUGGGGAGGAGCAAACAGAGAAUGAGAAACAAGCAGAACAAGAAGAAGAAAUAUUAGGGGUAGAAGUCAAAGAAUGCAGAGAGGAAGAGGAAUUAUGUGAGGAAUUACAACAAAAGGGACCCAUAUUGAGAGAGAAAGUUAAUGAAACAAAACAUGAUGACGAAGGAGUCAGUGAAAAUCAACAGGAAGUGGUAACAAGUGAAGCAGUAGAACAAGUGAGACAGGCAGAGGAAGCACAAAGUAAAAGGAAGCACAGCAUGCUAGGGCAGGAAGAUGAAAUCCAACCAAGGGAAGAGGAAAAUGAAUUUGUGCAUAGGGAGGGUGAAACUGGAAAAAAAGAACAGGACAGGGAAGAACUAAAAGAGAGAGACAGUCAAACACAACAGGAAGGCGAGGAAGAGGAAAUCAGAGAUAAGAAAAAUAAUGAGGAGGUAGCCAGUGAGGAAGUCAGAGGAACUAAACAAGAAGAAGGACUAAGAGAUCAAGAAAGACAAACAGAGCAGGGAAAGGGAGAACUCAAACAAGAAGAGGAAAUACAAAUUGAGGAAGUCAUUGAAAAUACAAAAGAAAUGGAGGAACUAAGAGGGGUAGAGGAAGCAAGUAAACAGGAAGAGCGAGCCAGGGAAAAGGAACAGAAUGAACUAGGAGAUGAAGGACAAAAAGAACAGGAAGUCAGUGUAUCAGGGCAGGAAGAGGAAAUCAAACCAGAGGCAGAUGAAAAUGAAUUGGUGUCUCAGAAAGCGAAACCUGUAGAAAUGGAAGAGGGUUGGCUAGAACUAGGAGACCAAGGAACACAAGGGGAGCAGGGAGGGGAGGCGCACUCAGAGGAACAGGAGAAUGAGGAGCAAGGAGAUGAAGAGGAAAGGAGAUUGAGUGAAGAGGAAGAACAAUCCAGGGGAAAAGAACAGGGUGGAGAAGAAGGGCAAAUAGAUCAAGAGUUUAGGAUUCCCAGUGAAGGGGAGGAGAUAGCAAGGGGAGAGGACAUGGAAAUACUGGAUAGAGAAGAUGAAAACUCAGAAAAAGAACAGGAAGCAGCAGUACAAGAAAGAAAGGUAGUGAGGGAAGUGAAGGAAAUCCAACUGAGUGAGGAAACAGAGAGACCAAGAGUAAAAGAACAAAAUGAUGAAAAACUAGGAAUAGAACAAGAAAGCUGGAUAUUAAGGGAGGAAGAAGUGGGAGUGAUGUCUAAGGAAGAAGAACCCAUAGAACAGGAACAGAACUGGAAAUAUUCAGAGAAGAACAGACUAACAGAACAGCAAGGAGAGGUACUGAGGGAGGGGGAUGAGCUAAAGAAACAGGAAAGAGAAAUACUAAUGGAGGAAUGCACAGAAAGAGAAGAGGAAAGGGAGGUAUUGAUGGAGGAGGGGGAGGAAAAUAAUCAGGAAGGGGAAAUACCAAGGGAGGAAGUCACUCUUCAGUUAAAUGAGGUAUUGAAUGAGGAAGUUAAACCAAUUGAACAGGAAGGGAUGGUCUUAAGAGAGGAAGUCAGUGAAACAAAACAGGAAGGAAGGCCCCUAACAAAAGAAAUCAAAGAACCAGAUCAUGGACACGAGGGAGUCAGUGAAAAGCAACAUGGAGGGGAGGAGCUAAGGCAGGAGGUCAAUGAAAAUCAACCGGAAGAGGAAAGACAUGAAUUGGUAGAACGAGGGGCAUGGGCAGCUGAAAUACUCAGUAAAAGUGAGGAAUUAAGUGAAAUGGAACAGGGAGGGGAGGUGCUAAGUGAGGCCGGGGAAAUCAAAUCGAAAAUCCUGAUGGAGGAAGAUAGGAAUGGGGAGGAGCAAACAGAGAAUGAGAAACAAGCAGAACAAGAAGAAGAAAUAUUAGGGGUAGAAGUCAAAGAAUGCAGAGAGGAAGAGGAAUUAUGUGAGGAAUUACAACAAAAGGGACCCAUAUUGAGAGAGAAAGUUAAUGAAACAAAACAUGAUGACGAAGGAGUCAGUGAAAAUCAACAGGAAGUGGUAACAAGUGAAGCAGUAGAACAAGUGAGACAGGCAGAGGAAGCACAAAGUAAAAGGAAGCACAGCAUGCUAGGGCAGGAAGAUGAAAUCCAACCAAGGGAAGAGGAAAAUGAAUUUGUGCAUAGGGAGGGUGAAACUGGAAAAAAAGAACAGGACAGGGAAGAACUAAAAGAGAGAGACAGUCAAACACAACAGGAAGGCGAGGAAGAGGAAAUCAGAGAUAAGAAAAAUAAUGAGGAGGUAGCCAGUGAGGAAGUCAGAGGAACUAAACAAGAAGAAGGACUAAGAGAUCAAGAAAGACAAACAGAGCAGGGAAAGGGAGAACUCAAACAAGAAGAGGAAAUACAAAUUGAGGAAGUCAUUGAAAAUACAAAAGAAAUGGAGGAACUAAGAGGGGUAGAGGAAGCAAGUAAACAGGAAGAGCGAGCCAGGGAAAAGGAACAGAAUGAACUAGGAGAUGAAGGACAAAAAGAACAGGAAGUCAGUGUAUCAGGGCAGGAAGAGGAAAUCAAACCAGAGGCAGAUGAAAAUGAAUUGGUGUCUCAGAAAGCGAAACCUGUAGAAAUGGAAGAGGGUUGGCUAGAACUAGGAGACCAAGAAACACAAGGGGAGCAGGGAGGGGAGGCGCACUCAGAGGAACAGGAGAAUGAGGAGCAAGGAGAUGAAGAGGAAAGGAGAUUGAGUGAAGAGGAAGAACAAUCCAGGGGAAAAGAACAGGGUGGAGAAGAAGGGCAAAUAGAUCAAGAGUUUAGGAUUCCCAGUGAAGGGGAGGAGAUAGCAAGGGGAGAGGACAUGGAAAUACUGGAUAGAGAAGAUGAAAACUCAGAAAAAGAACAGGAAGCAGCAGUACAAGAAAGAAAGGUAGUGAGGGAAGUGAAGGAAAUCCAACUGAGUGAGGAAACAGAGAGACCAAGAGUAAAAGAACAAAAUGAUGAAAAACUAGGAAUAGAACAAGAAAGCUGGAUAUUAAGGGAGGAAGAAGUGGGAGUGAUGUCUAAGGAAGAAGAACCCAUAGAACAGGAACAGAACUGGAAAUAUUCAGAGAAGAACAGACUAACAGAACAGCAAGGAGAGGUACUGAGGGAGGGGGAUGAGCUAAAGAAACAGGAAAGAGAAAUACUAAUGGAGGAAUGCACAGAAAGAGAAGAGGAAAGGGAGGUAUUGAUGGAGGAGGGGGAGGAAAAUAAUCAGGAAGGGGAAAUACCAAGGGAGGAAGUCACUCUUCAGUUAAAUGAGGUAUUGAAUGAGGAAGUUAAACCAAUUGAACAGGAAGGGAUGGUCUUAAGAGAGGAAGUCAGUGAAACAAAACAGGAAGGAAGGCCCCUAACAAAAGAAAUCAAAGAACCAGAUCAUGGACACGAGGGAGUCAGUGAAAAGCAACAUGGAGGGGAGGAGCUAAGGCAGGAGGUCAAUGAAAAUCAACCGGAAGAGGAAAGACAUGAAUUGGUAGAACGAGGGGCAUGGGCAGCUGAAAUACUCAGUAAAAGUGAGGAACUAAGUGAAAUGGAACAGGGAGGGGAGGUGCUAAGUGAGGCCGGGGAAAUCAAAUCGAAAAUCCUGAUGGAGGAAGAUAGGAAUGGGGAGGAGCAGACAGAGAAUGAGAAACAAGCAGAACCAGAAGGAGAAAUAUUAGAGGCAGAAGUCAAAGAAUGCAGAGAGGAAGAGGAAUUAUGUGAGGAACUACAACAAAAGGGACCCAUAUUGAGAGAGGAAGUCAAUGAAACAAUACAUGAUGACGAAGGAGUCAGUGAAAAUCAACAGCAAGUGGUAACAAGUGAAGCAGUAGAACAAGUGAGACAGGCAGAGGAAGCACAAAGUAAAAGGAAGCACAGCAUGCUGGGGCAGAAAGAUGAAAUCCAACCAAGGGAAGAGGAAAAUGAAUUUGUGCAUAAGGAGGGUGAAACUGGAGAAAAAGAACAGGACAGGGAGGAACUAGAAGAGAGAAACAAUCAAACAAAACAGGAAAGCGAGGAAGAGGAAAUCAGAGAUAAGAAAAAUAAUGAGGAGGUAGCCAGUGAGGAAGUCGGAGGAACUAAACAAGAAGAAGGACUAAGAGAUCAAGAAAGACAAACAGAGCAGGAACAGGGAGAACUCAAACAAGAAGAGGAAAUACAAAUUGAGGAAGUCAUUGAAAAUACAAAAGAAGGGGAGGAACUAAGAGUGGUAGAGGAAGCAAGUAAACAGGAAGAGCGAGCCAGGGAAAAGGAACAGAAUGAACUAGGAGAUGAAGGACAAAAAGAACAGGAAGUCAGCGCAUCAGGGCAGGAAGAGGAAAUCAAACCAGAGGCAGAUGAAAAUGAAUUGGUGUCUCAGAAAAUGAAACCUGUAGAAAUGGAAGAGGGUUGGCUAGAACUUGGAGACCAAGAAACACAAGGGGAGCAGGGAGGGGAGGUGCACUCAGAGGAACGGGAGAAUGAGGAGCAAGGAGAGGAAAAGGAAAGGAGAUUGAGUGAAGAGGAAGAACAAUCCAGGGGAAAAGAACAGGGUGAAGAAGAAGGACAAAUAGAUCAAGAGUUUGGGAUACCCAGUGAAGGGGAGAAGAUAGCAAGGGGAGAGGACAUGGAAAUACUGGAUAGAGAAGAUGAAAACUCAGAAAAAGAACAGGAAGCAGCAGUACAAGAAAGAAAGGUAGUGAGGGAAGUGGAGGAAAUCCAACUGAGUGAGGAAACAGAGAGACCAAGAGUAAAAGAACAAAAUGAUGAAAAACUAGGAAUAGAACAAGAAAGCUGGAUAUUAAGGGAGGAAAAAGUGGGAGUGAUGUCUAAGGAAGAAGAACCCAUAGAACAGGAACAGAACUGGAAAUAUUCAGAGAAGAACAGACUAACAGAACAGCAAGGAGAGGUACUGAGGGAGGGGGAUGAGCUAAAGAAACAGGAAAGAGAAAUACUAAUGGAGGAAUGCACAGAAAGAGAAGAGGAAAGGGAGGUAUUGAUGGAGGAGGGGGAGGAAAAUAAUCAGGAAGGGGAAAUACCAAGGGAGGAAGUCACUCUUCAGUUAAAUGAGGUAUUGAAUGAGGAAGUUAAACCAAUUGAACAGGAAGGGAUGGUCUUAAGAGAGGAAGUCAGUGAAACAAAACAGGAAGGAAAGCCCCUAACAAAAGAAAUCAAAGAACCAGAUCAUGGACACGAGGGAGUCAGUGAAAAGCAACAUGGAGGGGAGGAGCUAAGGCAGGAGGUCAAUGAAAAUGAAUCGGAAGAGGAAAGAAAUGAAUUGGUAGAACGAGAGGCAUGGGCAGCUGAAAUACUCAGUAAAAGUGAGGAACUAAGUGAAAUGGAACGGGGAGGGGAGGUGCUGAGUGAGGCCGGGGAAAUCAAAUCGAAAAUCCUGAUGGAGGAAGAUAGGAAUGGGGAGGAGCAAACAGAGAAUGAGAAACAAGCAGAACCGGAAGGAGAAAUAUUAGAGGCAGAAGUCAAAGAAUGCAGAGAGGAAGAGGAAUUAUGUGAGGAACUACAACAAAAGGGACCCAUAUUGAGAGAGGUAGUCAAUGAAACAAUACAUGAUGACGAAGGAGUCAGUGAAAAUCAACAGGAAGAGGUAACAAGUGAAGCAGUAGAGCAAGUGAGACGGGCUGAGGAAGCACAAAGUAAAAGGAAGCACAGCAUACUGUGGCAGAAAGAUGAAAUCCAACCAAUGGAAGAGGAAAAUAAAUUUGUGCAUAAGGAGGGUGAAACUGGAGAAAAGGAACAGGACAGGGAAGAAAUAGAAGAGAGAGACAGUCAAACAAAACAGGAAGGCGAGGAAGAGGAAAUCAGAGAUAAGAAAAAUAAUGAGGAGGUAGCCAGUGAGGAAGUCAGAGGGACUAAACAAGAAGAAGGACUAAGAGAUCAAGAAAGACAAACAGAGCAGGAACAGGAACAGGGAGAACUCAAACAAGAAGAGGAAAUACAAAUUGAGGAAGUCAAUGAAAAUACAAAAGAAGGGGAGGAAAUAAGUGGGGAACAGGAAGCAAGUAAACAGGAAGAGCGAGCCAGGGAAAAGGAACAGAAUGAACUAGGAGAUGAAGGACAAAAAGAACAGGAAGUCAGUGUAUCAGGGCAGGAAGAGGAAAUCAAACCAGAGGCAGAUGAAAAUGAAUUGGUGUCUCAGAAAGAGGAACCUUUAGAAAUGGAAGAGGGUUGGCUAGAACUAGGAGACCAAGGAACACAAGGGGAGCAGGGAGGGGAGGUGCACUCAGAGGAACGGGAGAAUGAGGAGCAAGGAGAGGAAAAGGAAAGGAGAUUGAGUGAAGAGGAAGAACAAUCCAGGGGAAAAGAACAGGUUGGGGAAGAAGGGCAAAUUGAUCAGGAUUUUGGGAUACCCAGUGAAGGGGAGAAGAUAGCAAGGGGAGAGGACAUGGAAAUACUGGAUAAAGAAGAUGAAUACACAGAAAAAGAACAGGAAGCAGCAGUACAAGAAAGAAAGGUAGUGAGGGAAUUGAAGAAAGUCCAACUGAGUGAGGAAACAAAGAGACCAAGAGUAAAAGAGCAAAAUGAUGAAAAACUAGGUAUAGAACAAGAAGACUGGAUAUCAAGGGAGGAAGAAGUGGAAGUGAUGUCUAAGGAAGAGGAACCCAUAGAACAGGAACAGGACUGGGGAUAUCUAGAGGAGAAAGAGAGACCAAGAGAAAUAAAAAACAAGCAGCAUGAAGAGGAGGUACUAAUGGAGGAAGUGAGAGAAAGUAAGAAGAGAAAACUAAGGGAGGAAACAAAUGUCAAAGAAAAGGACAAGGAAAGUGGAUUUAUACAGAGAGAAAAAGCAAAGCAAGACCAUUCAGAAGAGGGGGUAAUACUGCCAAGUGAGGUAGUCAAAGAAAUUAUACAGGAAGGGGAAGUGUUAAGAGAGGACUUUAGAGCAAGCAAGCAGGAAAGGGGGAUACAGAGGAGAGGAAAGGGACAGGAGGGGCGAGGGCAGGGAGACACAGUGCCCCUCAGUGGUAAAGACAGAGAUGAGCACGGUGAUCAUGCCUGUCUCCCCCCAGGAGCGCAGACAGCCUCAGAUCACCUGUACAACGUGCUGUUGGUGGGGGACAGCAGCGUCGGGAAGACAUCCUUCAUCAAGCGCCUCAAAGAAGGGGAGUUCAGCUCCAAUCACUGUGCCACCGUGGGUUUGGACAGCUGCAUAUACACUCUGCUCGUCGGUGACAGGCGGUUUAUCCUUCAGCUCUGGGACACUGCUGGACAGGAAAGGUACCACAGCAUCACAAAACAGAUGUUCCGCAAGGCUGACGGGGUCAUAGUGAUGUACGACAUCACCUCUGCACAAAGCUUCGCAGCGGUGCGCUACUGGCUGACCUGCAUACAGGAAGGGGCGGGCGAUGAGGUAGCACUCAUGCUGCUGGGGAACAAGAGUGACAGCAGUGCGAAGAGAGGGGUCCCCACACAAGAGGGAGAGCGGCUCGCACAGGAGAACAGAAUCCUGUUCAAUGAGUGCAGCGCAGCCUCUGGAUACAACGUCACUGAAUCCAUGAUCAGUUUAGCCAGGCAGCUGAAGGAGCAGGAGGAGGGCUUGACGGGGGGCGACAGUGAGAAGAGGAGUGUGAUGCUGCAAGAAAACCAGCCCAAGAAGAAGUCAGCCUGCUGUUAGAAUCACUGACGGGAACUUCCAUCGCCACAGUGAAUGGGUUUAUUAACAAUGGGAGCUCUCGCUCCAUCCAGGGUUCGGAAAAAGAAGGGGUGACACUUUGAUUUAGGGAUCUGUUACCAGCGCUUGUAUACAAUAGAUCAUCUAUAACUAUGUUAUUAACAAUUAGAGACCGUGAUUAGGAAUAAUAAACGUUGCACUUUUGCAAUAAUAUAUUGCACUAACAUAAGGACAGUUAUAAUACCUAUUAUUAUGACAUUCAUAUGCCACUUAUAACGGAUCCCUUAACUCAAAUGUUACCAAUGAAUGAGGGUAAGCACUUUGUUUGAAGUGAUAUUAAUUGCAUUGCAGUUAGUUACUAACACCAUCCGGCGAGUCUGAUAUAACACCCCACCCAACAGGUACUGCACAAUGACUUCUCCAUCCAGUGGCUUGUGACUCACCGACAGCACCGGGUAACAGGGCAGACUUUUUAUAGAUUCUAUAAAUUGACUAUAAAACUGUAAAUCUGUUCCAAAGUAUUUCUUUUAACACUGCAAAAGAGCUGCUUAAAUACACCCUGUACAUUAGCAGACCGUUAUAGCUAUGCUUUAUAUCUGUAUCUAUACAGCAAAAUGCUCAAUGCCUUUCUGAACUUGAACUUUAAAACAACCUAGAUUAACUUUAAUGGAGCUUUCAUUUUCAGAGGUUAACCUACAAGCUACCGUUACAGUGUUACUGAGGAGCACUUUGAGAGAAGCAGCCCUGCGCAGCCGCGUGCAGCCGAGUGCAUCACUGACGUCACGGUAUUGUGCAGCAACUCAAGGUGUUAUUAGCUUGCCUGGAAACAUGAGUCAUUCGUGGAAUAAAGAUAAAUUCUGCACAAAGCACACCUACUUUCAUAAUGAAAAAAAAGAGGGUAAAAAAAUAAAUAUUCAGGGCAUUUUUUUUUAAUUAUUAAAGUCUGUCACCCUAUCUACAGCGCUAGCCUGUGUCCUGUUAUUAAAGC